GGGAGGCGCCCGGGCCCUCAUCAAGUGACCAGUAUCCCUUCCAGGAGAACACGGUCCUUCAGAGGAAAGCGAGCUCCAACCCGCGGCCCCGGCGCCAAGCCGCCGUCAUCUCCUUCCUGUGCCGGGUGAUCGUCUCCUCACCCACCCGGAAAAACAUAGUCCGCCCCCACGUCCUUGUGGAAUAGCGCCCGCUUCCAAGCACCGUGACUCUCUUUGCCCUACCCUUGUCUUUCCCAUUCCAAUUACUCUAGAACCCACCGAGAGGAUAAUUCAGCCCUGCAAAGAAACUGAUGGGGAGAAGCGAAGAAGGGAACCCAGGAGGGAGGGGAGGCAGGGCUGCGGAGGGACACCGAGGCGGCGGACGUAGUGCGCACGCGCAGCACAGAACGAGUUCCGGUCUGGCCGAGGCUUGUCUCCUAAAAAUAGCCCCGGUGUGGGGAUCCGUGCGCGGAUGUCCCGGCGAGUCCCGGGCUGAAAGAGGCGGCUCCGGGCGGCGCGGAGCGCUGGUGGCGGGCCCGAGCUGCGGCGUGUGCGCGCCCGCCAGCUGCUCCGGAGAUACGGAAUUGCAUUUUGUGAAAAAAGAACAAGAAUUUUCUGCGAGGAUCAUAUCUAAGUGCACUUUUUGCUGAUACUUCAUUUCUAAUCUUGUAGAAAAUUUCAGCUGUAGCCCUUGGACUAGAAGCUGAAAUAACAGAAGCUGUGUACGAUGCAUUAGGGUAUUGAAGAAAAUUAACUUUUGAAUUAAAUAUUUGGAAUAUAAGGAAAUAAGGAAAGGUGACUGAAAAUGGGGCGGAAGAAAAUACAAAUCACACGCAUAAUGGAUGAAAGGAACCGACAGGUCACUUUUACAAAGAGAAAGUUUGGAUUAAUGAAGAAAGCCUAUGAACUUAGUGUGCUCUGUGACUGUGAAAUAGCACUCAUCAUUUUCAACAGCUCUAACAAACUGUUUCAAUAUGCUAGCACUGAUAUGGACAAAGUUCUUCUCAAGUAUACAGAAUAUAAUGAACCUCAUGAAAGCAGAACCAACUCGGAUAUUGUUGAGGCUCUGAACAAGAAGGAACACAGAGGGUGCGACAGCCCAGACCCUGAUACUUCAUAUGUGCUAACUCCACAUACAGAAGAAAAAUAUAAAAAAAUUAAUGAGGAAUUUGAUAAUAUGAUGCGGAAUCAUAAAAUCGCACCUGGUCUGCCACCUCAGAACUUUUCAAUGUCUGUCACAGUUCCAGUGACCAGCCCCAAUGCUUUGUCCUACACUAACCCAGGGAGUUCACUGGUGUCCCCAUCUUUGGCAGCCAGCUCAACGUUAACAGAUUCAAGCAUGCUCUCUCCACCUCAAACCACAUUACAUAGAAAUGUGUCUCCUGGAGCUCCUCAGAGACCACCAAGUACUGGCAAUGCAGGUGGGAUGUUGAGCACUACAGACCUCGCAGUGCCAAAUGGAGCUGGAAGCAGUCCAGUGGGGAAUGGAUUUGUAAACUCAAGAGCUUCUCCAAAUUUGAUUGGAGCUACUGGUGCAAAUAGUUUAGGCAAAGUCAUGCCUACAAAGUCUCCCCCUCCACCAGGUGGUGGUAAUCUUGGAAUGAACAGUAGGAAACCAGAUCUUCGAGUUGUCAUCCCCCCUUCAAGCAAAGGCAUGAUGCCUCCACUAGAUCCAAUCCACGAUACCACAUUACAUUUAGCAAUCAUGUCUCUUUAGCCUCCUCUUGACUGUGAGAGUUUCUAAGACUUUCCUUGCUUUAAUGACCUUGACAGUUUUGAGGAGUGCUAGUCAGGUAUUUUUAUAGAAUGUCUCUAGUUAAGAUUUGUCUGAUGUUUUUCUCAUGCUUAUACUGUGGUUGUUGGUUUGACGGAGGUAGGCCAUAGAAUUAAGAUGCUGUUUUCAUCACAUCAUAUCAAGAGUACCUACUACAUUUGUUAUCCCUUAUCUGAGAUACUCAGGACCAGAAGUAUUCCAGAUUUCAGAUUUUUUCAAGUUUUGGAAUAUUUCCCUUAUACUAAUAAGUAGAUCAUCCCAAAUCCAAAAAUCUGAAAUCCAAAAUGAUCCAAUGAGUACUACAUUCGAGUGUCAUGUUGGUGCUCAACAGGUUUUGGAUCUUGGAGCAUUUCAGAUUUCAGAUUUUCAGAUUUGGGAUGACCAACCUGUAUCGUCAUAACUAUUGCUGAUGUUAAUUUGAUCACCUGGCUGAUGUUUAACAGGUAUUUACCAGAUUUGUUUUCUGUAAAGUUACUCUUUCUCCCGCUUUUCAUACUGUAGCCUUUGGGUAGGAAAUUACCAUGUUCAGCCCACACUUUUAAGGAGUGGGGAGUUAAGGCUUCACUUUCUUAAGAGAAGGAUAUCUACAUAAGUUAUUUGGAAUUCUUCUGCACAGGAGAUUUAUCUCUUCUCUCUCAUUUAUUCAACCAUUUAUUUCUAUCAAUAUGGACUUGUGGGCAUUUAUUUUAAUACUUUGGUUUAUAAUACAAUACCACGUUUUUCUGUUGCUUUGUUCUAGCUUCAGCUUUUGAGGGCUAUCUGCUUGAUUCCUAUGUCCCUUUGAUAUAUCCUUAUUUUUGUGGGUUUUUUUUUUUCAGGGGGAGCAGGCGCUUUUUUAUUUUCUGGCACUAUAAUAUGUUCUAGGCUCAUCUUGGGUAUUUUCUGCCCCAGUCCUAGAAUCAGGCAUUUCUCCAAGGAACAUUAAUUUAUUUUUAUGGAGAAUAAAAGAAACCAAGAUCCGAGUGCUUUCCCUCUUUUUAAUUGCUCCAAAAGGUAUCUGACUAUGUAAGGCAAAAAUAGUAACUGUAUUUUGUUUCUGUAGCACAUGUAAAAAUAAAAUAUAUGACAACAAAAGAUGGGAGGGAGGAAUUGACUCUACACAUGAUGUAAAUAUUAUUUGAAGAUGAACUCAAGGUAACUAAAGGUGUAUAUUAUAAACCCUAGUGCAACUACAGAAGAAAAUUUUAAAGAAGUGUAAAUAAGUCAAUAGAAGAGAUAAAAUAGAAAUAUAAAAAAUGCUCUACUAAGUAGCCCAAGAAAUGGGAGAAAAGAAGACAAAAAGCAAGAUAAUGGUAGCUUUUAAUCGAAUCAUAUAAGUAAUCACAUUGAAUGUGGUGAGAACGAGUCAGUUAAAAGAUUGUCAGAUUUGUUUGUGUGUGUGUGUGUGUGUGUGUUUCUUAAAAAGCAAUGUGGUGGCUCAUGCCUGUAAUCCCAGCACUUUGGGAGGCUGAGACAGCCAGAUCACCUGAGGUCGAGAGUUCGAGACCAGCCUGACCAACAUGGAGAAACCCUGUCUCUACUAAAAAUACAGAAUUAGCUGGGCAUGGUAGCACAUGUCUGUAAUCCCAGCUACUUGGUAGGCUGAGGCAGGAGAAUCACUUGAACCCGGGAGGCGGAGGUUGCAGUGAGCCAAGAUCAUGCCAUUGUGCUCCAGCCUGGGCAACAAGAGUGAAACUCCAUCUCAAAAAAAAAAAGAAAAAUGCUGCUUACAAGAAAUCCACUUUAAAUAUAAAGAUAUAGAUAAAAGAAGGGAGAAAAUUUACAGUUGCAAACACCAAAAAGAAAGCUAAAGCAGACCUAUUAAUUUCAGACAAUAUAAGCUUCACAACAAGGAAGAGUAUCAGCGAUAAGGAGGGACGUGACAUAGUCCACUUUCCAAGAAAUAACUGUCUUUAAUGUGUAUGCACCUAACAGCAACCUUCAAAAUACAUAAAGUGAAGACUGAGAACUAAAAGGUGAGUAGAAAAAUCCACAAUUGUAGUUGGAGACUUCUAUAUCCCUCUCAGUAACUGGUAGAACAAGUAGGCAGAAAAAUCAGUAAGGAUCUAGAUGAUCUGAGCAACACUUGACCAACAUGACCUAAGAGACAUUUAUAGAACACAUCACUCAACAACAGCAGAACACACAUUUUUCACAAGUGCACAUGGAACAUUCACCAAGAUCAUAUCCUGUGCCAGGAAACAAACUGGCAAAUUUCAGUGAAUUGAAAUCAGGCAUAUUAUAUUCUCUGGCCAUAAGGAAAUCAAACUAGAAAUCAGUAACAGAAAGGUAGUAGGAAAAUGGCCAUAUAUUUAGACAUUAAACAACAUACUUUAACCCAAGGACCAGAGAAGAAAUCUCAAAGGAAAUUUAAAAAUACAUAUAGCCAAAUGAAAAUGGAAAUACAGCAUCAAAAUUUUGAGGCCCAACUAGAGUAGUGAUGAGGUGAGAUUUAUAGCAACAAAUGCCUAUAUUUGAAAAGAGGGAUCCCAAAUCAGUAAUCUAAGUUCUUACCUUAAGAAACUCAAAAAAGAAGAGCAAACUUAACCCCAAUCAAGCCGAAGAAAGGAAAAUGUAAAGUGAUACCAAUUCUACACAGUCUCUUUCAGAAAAAAUUAGGAGAGGAGAGAACAGUUUCCAACUUAUUUUUUUAGGUCGGCAUUACCCCGGUGCAAAACCAAAGUAAGCCAACACAAGAAAAAAAAUCUACAAAUCCAUGUUCCUCAUGAACUCUAGACACAAAAAUCCUCAGUAAAAAGUAAGUAAAUUGAGCAAUAUAUAAAAAGGAUAAUAUAUCAAGACCAAGUUGGUUUUAUCCCAGGAAUGCAAGGCUGAGUCUACAUUUGAAAAUUCAUUAGUAUAAUCAGGAUAUUAACAAUUCAACAUCUAUUCAUCAUUUAAAAAAAAAAUCUCAAUGCACUAGUAAUAGAAAGGAACUUAACCUAAUAAAGAGCAUCUACAAAAAAUAUACAGCUAAAAUACUUUAUAAGGGGAAAGCAUUCAGUCUUCUAGUAUUUGAAGCUAGGUAAUGAUAUUUUUUUUCUCACCAGUCAUAUUUACCAUGGUAGUAAAAGUCCUAGCCAGUACAGUUAGGCAAAAAUAAAUGAAUAAAAUGCAUACAUACUGGGAAGAGAGAAAUUAAACUUCCUCUAUUCACAGAAGAUAGAUUCUUUCAUGUAGAAAAGUGUAAAGAAAUUACAAAAAAACUCCUCGGACCAAUCAGUGAGUUUAGCAAGGUUGCAGGGUACGAAGUUAAUAUAUAAAAAUCAACUAUAUGCCAGCAGUGAACAAUUGGAGUUUGAAAUUUAAAAAAAAAAGAUAGCACCCCAAAUAAAGGAAGGAAAAGAAACAUCUAGGUAAAAUUCUGACAAAAUAUAUACAGUCUGUAUGUUGAAAACUGCAAAACACUGAUGAAAGAAAUGAAAGAGAAAGAAGACCUAGAUGAGUAGAUAGAUACAUCAUGUUAAUGGAUUUCAAGACUCAGUAUUGUCAAGAUGCCAUUUCUUCCCAGAUUGAUCUGUAGAUUAAACACAAUUUCAAAAUCCCAGCAAGCUCUUUUGUAGUUAACUAACAAGCUGAUUCUAAAAUAUGUAGGUAAAGACAAAGGAACUACAAUAGCUAGAAUGAUUUUAAGAAGGAACAAAAUUUUAAAAAAAUACUACUACUACCUGAUUUCAAGACCUACUACAAAGCUAUAGUAAUCCAGAAAGUGUCAUAUUGACAAAAGGAUGGGCACAUAGAUCAGUGGACAAAACGGCUCAGAAAAUUUACACCUACACAUAUAUAUUCAGCUGGGUUUUUGGCAAAGGUAGUAAGGCAAUUCAACAGAGAAAGGAUGGUGGUUACAACGAAUGGUGUUGAAACGAUUCUACAUCCAUACACAAAACAAAAACAACCCACUUGAAAAUAACUCAGACUUUAUUAAAAAAUUAACUAAAAUUGGAUUAUAGACCCAAAUUUAAAACAGGAAACUGAAAUUUAGAGGAGAAAAUCCAACACAAAAAGCAGGAUCCAUAAAGAAAAAACUGAUGUAUUGGAGGUUGAACUUCAGUUUUGCUCUGUGAAAGGCACUGUUCAGAGAGUAUAGGACAACCUACAGAUUAGAAGAAGGUAUUUGCAAGUCACAUAUCCAAUAAAGAGUUUGUAUCCAGACUAUUUUAAGAAUUCUUAAAACCCAACAGUAAGAAAACAUAUUUUUAAAAGGGCACAAGAUCUGAACAGAUACUUCAAAAAGAAGAUAUAUGGAUGGCAAAUAAGUGUAUGAAAGUAUGCUCAAUAUUAUCAGGCCCUAGGGAAUUGAAAAUUAAAACCUAAUGAGAUACAACUGCACAUCUAGUAAAAUGGCUAAAAUUUAAGAAAACGCAAUGGCUGGGCACGGUGGCUCACACCUGUAAUCCCAGCACUUUGGGAGGCCGAGGCAGGCAGAUAACCUGAGGUUGAGAGUUUGAGACCAGCCUGAUCAACAUGGAGAAACCCCAUCUCUACUAAAAAUACAAAAUUAGCCAGGGGUGGUGGCGCAUGCCUGUAAUCCCAGCUACUCGGGAGGCUGAGGCAGGAGAAUCGCUUGAACCCAGGAGGCAAAGGUUGUAGUGAGCCAAGAUCAUACCAUUGCACUCCAGCCUGGGCAACAAGAGUGAAACUCUGUCUCAAAAAAAAAAAAAAACCCAAAAA